UAAAAUUAUUUGAAAAUUAAAAACCAAUUUCAAUAUAUUUUUUUGUUUGUAUAGUUGUAUAAUCGACCUUAUUACAUCGACUGUGUAAUUACUCUUUUCGAGACUUUAUUACGUACAAUUUACAGUGAUUUAGUUUUGAUUCUUUACCACGUAUCAUUAAAAAAAAUAGGUCAAGUGGCCCGUAAUUACAAUUCGAUAAUGAGAGAAAUUUCAUGAACAGUCGAAAACUCAAAAUGAGCGGACUGCUGGCGAAAAUCGCUCCGGAAAAAUACUUUCCUUGGCAUCAACUUUGUCUGAAAUAUUUCGGGCUAACUCCACCGACCAACCGAAUAUUGUGCAUUGUCUAUUGGAUCUUGUACAUACCGCACAUCUUAACCACCACCCUCUAUCUAUCAACAAACGAAAUCAUCAACCUGUAUCAACUGUUCGACACAGAUUUCAAGGAGGCUAUGUUUAAUUCACCGACCGUUGCGCUGCACUUGCUCAGCGCCAUACGCACAUUUUUGUGGCACGUGAAACUGAGGGAUAAAUUCAACGACUUUGUUGCCAUCGUCGACGAGGACUCUGACUAUAAGGUGUACGAUUUCAACUAUUUAAACUUGAUUGAAUAUAAACAUGAUAAAACUGCCUAUAGUUAUGAGCAAAUCAAGGCGAUUUGGAGGAAAUUUAACUGCAAGAAAACUGAUGAGAUAUCUUCAGAGAGACUGGAAAUUGAAUUUUAUGACAACAAGGUACGGUACGAGGCCAAAAUAUUUUGUUUUCUGUACACAACCAUGUUCCUUUUCUCCUUUAUAUUUUUGAUGAUUUUAUACUACACAAGCUCAUACCUGAGGGGUACUUAUGAAGCUUUCAAUCCGGCAUUAAAUAGAACGUCAGUUUACAGAUAUUACCCGUUUCAAAUCAGUAUGCCUUUUGAUACAUCUGUAUCUGAUGGGUAUUAUUAUUGGGGAGUGGUGUUUCAACUGUAUUUGUACUCCAGCAACAUCAUGACUGGGCUAAGUAAGUUAAAACACAUUACAUGUCAAUUGAUUACUUAUUACUUCAUUUCAGCCUUGAACACUUUGGGCGUUAUUUGUCCGAAACAAGCAAUGGUACAAUUAAAAGUCGUAAAGUUGGCAUUAAAAAAAGUAGAUGAAAACAUAGCAACAACAAAUAAAAAAACCAUAAUGUUUAUCACCGACAUGAGGCUUGUGGCCUGCAUAAAUAGAAUACAAAAUGCUCUCAAAUCCCACAAACUUAUUGAAGAUAUAUUUAAUGUGACGUUUUUAAUACAAUACUCCAUGAUGUCUCUUAUUUUAUGUGGUUUGUUAUACACCAUGCUUCUGGUUGAUAUAAAUGAAUUUAUGGCCUUUGGAGUGUGCAUACUGUUAAUACUGUUAGAUUGCUUCUGUUUGUGUUGGUUUAGUCAGUCACUAAGUGAAGAAUUUCAGUCUCUUAUAGGAACAAUACAUCAACUCAACUGGGUAAGUUACUCACCAGUUCUUAGAAAGAAACUUGUAUUUACUAUGAUGAGAUUAAAAAAGCCUGUUUGGAUGACUUUGGGUAAAUUUAUCAAUGUAAAUCUGUCCUUUUUCAAUAUUUGGAUUAAACAUACGUAUUCAGCCUUUACACUUUUAAAAGCUAUGAGAGAUAAGCAGUUGUAAUAUUUUAUUAAGGGUAGUUGUGAUUAGUUUUUAAAGUUUAUAAUUUUUUCACAUACACAAGUGCAAAAUUACACUUGUUCACUGUUAUAUUGGUAUUCAAUUUUCACUAAUCAAUUUAGAAAUUCAAUAAAAUGACUGCAAACAUUUUUAACAAAUAAUCAAUUCACAAAUAUUAUGCGUAUUAAGUAUUUUUGUGUCUUGAAACGA